AUGGGCCUUGUGGACGAUGAGGCAGCCUUCAAGAAGCUAGGCACGGACCACAACAAAACUGCUUUCACCCCCGCCGUGAAAGAAAUAAGCCAAAUGCUUGCGGAUAAUCUGCUCGAGAGAAUCAGCUCCGGCAGCCAAACGUGGAAUUCGAUCGCGAAGGCUCCCCCCUCGCAGAGAGGGGCAGAGGCGACCAAGGCCCCGUUCUACACGAUGGCGCAGACGGACCGCAAGGCGCUGGUUGCCCUAUACAACGCGACCGGUGGGGCUGAGUGGAAGAAUAAUCAAAACUGGACCACUAGUGCCGCCCUCUCGCAAUGGCACGGAGUCGAAGUCAACACCCAGGGCCGCGUGGUGAAGCUAUCUCUGGGUUGGAACAACCUCCGAGGACCCAUCCCCAAGGAGCUGGGAGCACUUAGUAGGCUGGAGACGCUUUGGCUCGACCACAACAACCUCACAGGUUCCAUUCCGCCGGCGCUGGGAAAGCUCGCAGCGCUUCAAAAUCUAUCCCUCUACGGAAACCAGCUAAGCGGCCCCAUCCCGCAGGAGCUGGGAGAUCUCCGAGAGCUGCGGGAGCCGUGGCUUUCCAACAACCGGCUCACAGGCCCCAUCCCAUCGGAGCUUGGGCACCUUUCAGUACUGAAGAGGCUCAACCUUUCUGGAAACCAGCUAAGCGGCCCCAUCCCAUCGGAGCUUGGGCACCUUUCAGCAUUGAAAGAGCUCUACCUUCACAACAACCAGCUGAGCGGACCCAUCCCCAAGGAGCUGGGAGCACUUAGUAGGCUGGAGAUUCUUUGGCUCCACCGCAACAACCUCACAGGCCCCAUCCCAUCGGAGCUUGGGCACCUUUCAGCACUGAAGCAGCUCUACCUUUACAGCAACCAGCUGAGCGGCGAAAUCCCGGCGUCGCUAGGACAGCUCGUCAAGCUGGAAGCGUUGGGCCUCAGCGAAAACAAACUCAGCGAUUAUUUAAUUGUGCAUGCGCGUGGCGUUGGAUAA